GGCUCGCUUUUUGAAUUGGGGUCGGCGGCGGCCGCUCAUGGUGCCUGGGAGGGUGUGCCGGUUGCGGUUUUGACGAUAAUGCACUUGGUGCCUCCAUGAUUCUUUCCGGUGAUGGCAAGGAACCCUUUCUCUCUGUCUGUGAUAAGGACUGCAUCAGUGAAAUUGCCCAGCAAGACAGGCCUGAGGAACUCCAAUACUGCUGAAGAGAGAAACACAGACUUGAUCAUGACUGACAGCAGUAUGCUAGUGACUGACACCGGAAGGAGUCUUUUGGGAGAUUCUUCUGUUCUUGAUUCAAAAAUUAUAGAAACUUCCAAGGAGAAUAUAUUUAUUGGAUUGGCUUCAGAUGUUGAAGAGGAAAUGCCUCAGAUUGAAACCAGAGUGGUUUUAGUUCAGGAAGCUGGGAAACGCGAGGAACUCUUGAAAGCCUUGGAGACCAUUAAGAUAAUGGAAGUCCCAGUUAUAAAGAUAAAGGAAACUAGUCCUGGUAAAUCAGAAGAAAAACUAAUAAAAAGUAUAAUUCAUAUGGAAAUUAAAGUGCCCUAUAUAAAGAUGGAAUCAGUGGAAGAGUUUGGGGAUUCUGAGUCUCCAGAAUUUGAGACAGUCUUCGUUGUAGCAGACUUUCAAGAUUCCAUCUUGGAGAACUUGUGCAAGUUUGACUGUCGUGUUCUUGGACCUCCAAUAGUACUUCAUUGUGCUCAAAAAGGAGAGCCUCUACCUUUCUCAUGUCGUCCAUUGUACUGUGCAAGUAUGUUGAAUCUGGUGCUGUGCUUUACAGGAUUCAGGAAGAAAGAAGAACUAGUUAAGCUGGUGACCUUGGUUCAUCAUAUGGGUGGAAUUAUUCGAAGGGACUUCAGUUCAAAAAUUACACAUCUUGUGGCUAAUUCUACGCAAGGAGACAAAUUCAGACUUGCUGUGAGUCUGGGAACUCCUAUUGUGAAAGCUGAGUGGAUUUACAAGGCUUGGGAGAGACGGAAUGAAAUUGACUUCUGUGCGGCUGAUGAGGAAUUCCGAAAUGAGUUCAAGGUUCCCCCAUUCCAGGACUGCAUGUUAAGUUUCCUUGGAUUUUCCGAUGAUGAGAGAAUUAACAUGGAAGAAAUGACAAAAAUGCAAGGUGGGCAGUACUUGCCAGUUAGUGAUGACAGGUGCACACAUCUGGUUGUUGAAGAAAAUACAGUAAAAGAUCUCCCAUUUGAGCCUCCAAAAAAACUUUAUGUUGUAAAGCAAGAGUGGUUCUGGGGAAGCAUUCAGAUGGAUGCCAGAGCUGGAGAAUCCAUGUACUUAUUUGAAAAGCCAGAGAGUCCUGAACUCAAAAAGUCAGUGUCACAACUUUCUCUGAAUACCCCAAAUAGCAAUCGCAAGAGACGUCGCUUGAGAGAGACCCUUGCACAGCUCACCAGAGAAACUGAUAUGUCACCAUUCCCUCCUCGGAAACGCCCAUCAGCUGAGCAUUCCCUUUCUAUGGGGUCUUUACUGGAUAUUUCUAACACACCAGAGUCCAGCAUUACCAAUGGAGAAACGCCAAAAUCAUGUUCAAAGCCUUCCAAAAAUUCAACUCCUCUGCCUGCAAAGCAGUCUGCAAGAUGGCAGGUUGCAAAGGAACUAUAUCAGACAGAAAGUAACUAUGUAGAUAUUCUGACAACAAUUAUUCAGUUAUUUCAAGUUCCAUUGGAAAAAGAAGGGCAGCUUGGAGGACCUAUCCUUGCACCGGAGGAAAUUAAGACCAUAUUUGGCAGCAUUCCAGACAUCCUUGAUGUGCACACUAAAAUAAAGGAAGACCUUGAAGACCUUAUGAUAAACUGGGCUGAAAGCAAAAGUAUUGGGGAUGUCAUUCUUAAAUAUUCAAAAGACUUGUUGAAAACAUACCCUCCUUUUGUGAACUUCUUUGAAAUGAGCAAAGAAACUAUUAUGAAAUGUGAAAAACAGAAGCCACGGUUUCAUGCUUUUCUAAAGAUAAACCAAGCCAAACCAGAGUGUGGCCGUCAAAGCUUGGCUGAACUACUCAUUCGACCAGUUCAACGGUUACCUAGUGUUGCUUUACUUCUAAAUGACCUUAAGAAACAUACAGCAGAAGACAACCCAGACAAAGGCAUGCUAGAAAGAGCCAUUGAAUCGUUAAAGGAAGUGAUGACACACAUUAAUGAAGACAAAAGAAAAACAGAAGCACAAAGACUGAUCUUUGAUGUUGUGUAUGAAGUUGAUGGAUGUCCAGCCAAUCUCUUGUCGUCUCACCGAAGCUUAGUUCAGCGAUUGGAAACAGUUGCACUUGGCGAUGACCUCUGUGACAGAGGAGAACAGGUCACACUCUUUCUGUUUAACGAUUGUCUAGAGAUUGCAAGGAAACGGCACAAAGUUAUCAGUGCUUUCAAGAGCCCCCAUGGCCAGACCAGACCCCCAGCAUCUCUCAAGCACAUUGUUCUCAUGCCUCUCUCGCAGAUCAAGAAAGUGCUAGACAUCAGGGAGACAGAAGACUGCCACAAAGCUUUUGCCUUGGUUGUGCGGCCACCAACAGAACAGAACAACUUGUUGUUCAGUUUUCAGAUGACGACAGAGGAGCCUCCUAAAGAGGAUUGGCUGAAGAUGCUGUGUCGGCAUCUAGCGAACACAAUUUGUAAAGCAGAUGCUGAAAACCUUAUUUACACCACUGAUCCUGAUUCAAUUGACAUAAAUACGAAAGAUGUGGACAGUACGUUGAGUAGGGCAUCCAGGGCAAUCAAGAAAACAUCAAAAAAGGUUACAAGAGCAUUCUCUUUCUCCAAAACACCAAAGAGAGCUCUUCGAAGGGCUUUAAUGGCACACAAUACAGUAGAAGGAAGGAGUCCCUGCUCAUCUAGUGAAAGAUACUUGGGCAGCCGCCUGACCAGUACAUCCUCAUUAGCAAUUGCUCGUUCCUCUUCUACAUACAGCCUAAAUGGAUCUGUCAAACAUGUCGUUAGUGUUCAGCGCUCCAAUUCUGUUGAUGGGAGCUCUCAAAGUUCCAGGUCUCGACCUGUGCUCUGUCCUGACUCUCCAACUAGCCGUCCUUCACAUGCCAGAGAAGGAAAAACUCUUUCCAGCCCUGAAAGGUUAAAUGGCCACUCGUUGGCCAGACCAUGUCCCAUUCCUGUCAUUACUACCACUUGUGAUGUAGGAGAUGACCGGAGUGGUGUUGAGAACAGUUCCAUCGUCAAACCCUGAUCUUUAAUGCCCACGUUGUAUAAAGUGAGCUUCCUAAAGAUUCUCCUAUGUAGCACAACUACUAAAAGAUUAAAGAAUCCAUCAAAUGUUUCUAACGGGUGCUGGGUUUUCCUUGGUCUGUCUUGGUGCACAUCUCAGCUCCCAUUAGGCUACUUAAUAUUUCUUCUGUUGUUAACUAGUUGGGUUUUAAAUGGGGAAUUUAAAUUCUUUGGAAAUGGAAUUGACAUCACUGGUCUCAAGGCGUUUUGGAUUUCUUUCCAAGUUUUUUAACCAUGUUUGCCCUACGAUGGCAUUGAAGUGCCUCUUUAUAUUUACACAUUUAAUGUAAAUAUGGGCGAGUCUUCAUACUGAAGUCAAAAUUUUGACGCAUGAAAUUCUGGAUUCAGCAUGGAGUCUAUUGCCUCUGAUUGCAAAUAUGGAAGAAUUCUAGAGUACGACUGAGACUUUCAUGAGUCUUAAACAGUGAGUUUUGCAAUUAUCAUCUGCUAAAAACCUUCAUAAGAACAUGUUUCUCUUCUAGGUCAACAACUAAAGCACAACUAUAGUACUAUCACUUGUUAUCACUUCAAGUGAAAUUAAACUUCUGAGGUUGUAAAGAAAAUUUUUUAGCUCUUAAAGCAGCUCUUACAACUAUUCUUAUAUUAAUUUUAGUUUCAACUUUUGCUUAGCAACAAACUGCUAAGCCUGCAGAUCACCUUAAAAUCCACUGAUGAUCAGUUUUGCUGAGACUUGUUCACAACAUCAGAAUAGCAAGCCUUUUGUCUAGUUUUCAAUCAUAUACAGACAUAUAUAGGCUAAGACUAUUCAGUAAUAAACUAUCAAAAUUUAAGUUACACUUUUUGUGGCUUUUUUAUACCAAAGUGUCGUCUGUAAGGUCAAAUCAGUAGUUUUUGAGGAAUCUUGAAAAUAUGGUAAGAGCAGAACCAGUUUAAGUGGCUAUGUAGCUAGAGGAAGUUCAUCUCAAUCUUUCAAGGUUUGCUAAUAUAGCAAACUGUGUUAUAACAUGUUCUGCAUUUGAAAACUUGGAAGGAGAUACUAUGCUGUUGUAAAAGCAUGAACUGCACAAGGAUGUGGGUUAGAUAUGUUUGCUUUAUUAAGAAUUCUUCAGAAGGUCUCCUAGUUCUGUGCAUACCUCUCAACAGUUUUGUUAGGGGGGAAAUCUUCAUUUUCUAUAAUGAACUUAUCCGUGUGUCUUACCCACCAAGUUUGUUAUCCAAAACUUGAAAAUGCCAAUCCUUAAAAUUAGGGGUUAGCAGACUACCUCUAUUGAAGAAACUGGACCCACUGUGUCUCCCUUAUUUUGGGUCUUGAAAUGUUGAGAGGUAUGACUACAACACUGAGACUGAUACCUUGAUCAUAUUAACAAUUUUUUUUUUUCCCCC